AUGGCAGUGAUGCAAAUUUCGACCACAGUUUCGCUGUCGUUAUUGUUGUGGUUGUCGAAUGACUUGCACACGAUUCCGGUCUCGGAGGCUGCCCGAAUACUGGCAAUCGAAACGGUGGCGGGAAAGAGCCACUGGUACUUUAUGAGUUCGUUACUGAGAUCGCUGACGGACGCCGGGCACACCGUGACCGUUUUUACGCCGUUUCCGGAUGGCGACCGGGCAAACUACACGGAGGUGGAUACGUCCCACGACUUUCCGAUAAAGCUCGACAUGGACGUGAUGGAGACGAUCCAGAAAUUUAGCGGGCCGAUUGCCUUAUCCAAUUCUAUAUCCAAAGUCCUUCGGUUCUAUUGCGAUACAAUACACGGUAACCGGAAGCUAGUCGACUUAUUAACUUCUGGAGUGCGUGACCGGUACGAUUUGCUUUUAAUCGAACCGUUGGGCAUCGAUUGCGUUUCACACAUAGCCAACGCGCUUGAUCUACCCGUGAUCUACUCGAUUCCGUCACCGAUAGUUACAUUUACCGAAUGGACGUUCACAGGUCAUUUGUCUAAUCCGUCUUACGUAUCUAACAUUUUUGCCAAUCACGCCGUGCCCAGUACGUUUGUCCAGAGGUUCACAAACACGGCCCUGCUGACGUACAGCAUGGCCAGGAUCAGAUGCGAACAGCUAGUUUUCCGGUUAAUGGAUGCGAGACCGUAUGAUCCAACACCGAUCGUCAAUCCGUCCAUCAUCUUCCAGAAUAGUCAUUACGUUACAGAAUCCCCGAGACCGCUCACGCCAAACGUUGUUUACGUAGGUGGUAUUCAUCUCAAACCCGCUAAAACCAUACCGAAAAAAGGUAAAAGAUGCCGAUUUAGGACACAUCGCCGUAAAACCAUUUCGCCAUUACCAUUUCGACAAUGUUUGGUCGUUUUUUUGGAUGGAGGAUUGAUUUCAAAUAACCCUACUUUAGAUACAUUGACCGAAAUCGAGGAAUAUAAUUUAGCAUUAUACAAAACAAAUAGGGCUCAUGAAAUACACGAUCCAAGCCUUGUAGUUUCUGUUGAAACGAGAUCUAUUCCUGUGACUGAGAUAUUCUGUAUUUUGUGUUUGGUUUAUGUGAAAAAUUUAGACAUUUUUAAACCGAGUAGUGUGAGUGAUAGCUUGCGGCUGGUAUUUGGAUUCUCAGCGUUGGGUCUUUUACUCAUUGACCAAGCUACCCAAUCUGAUGGUCGUGUUGUGGACAGAGCAAGGUCGUUGUGUUACAAAACAAAAACCCGAGUUCUUCAGGUUUUGCCCACAACUAUCAGAAGAUAUAGCUAUGGACGAAAAAGAUGAUGUUAAACUAGUCAAAAUUCUUUGGGAAACCAAGUGGACAUAGUGAAAAAACAAUAAUAAAGUCUGUAAACUGGUACAGUUAUU